AUGCUUAUCCCAAAGUUUUCGUUGCUUGUGGUCCUUGCCCAGGUGACAGCUUCCACCCAAGCCUUGGACAUCUUUUCACAUGGUGAUUCCGAUGUGCCAACCUUGAAUCUACCAUGGGGACGAUAUAAAGGUCAUCCAUUCCCAGAUGAUGACAACAUAAUUCUUUUUGAGAACGUUAGAUUUGGAGCCAAGCCUUUGCUCUUCGGCGCACCAGAGUCUCCCUCGUGGAGCAAUUCUUCUGUUCAGCCUCCCUCAGACGGUCGCGAUUGUAUCCAGAUCGACAUAUCCGACAUCGCCAAUCCUCCUGGUGGAAAGGAUCCCACUAAUGACCCGGCAGACUCUGAUAGCAAGACUAGUCAGGAUUGCUUGUUCCUCGAUCUCUAUGUGCCUAAGACCAUACUAGAUGCCCCUGGGGGUGCUUUGGCACCGGUGAUUGUAUGGAUAUACGGAGGAGCUUUUGCCUUUGGGAGCAAGAACCAGCUGGGUCCGCUCUAUACCGGACAGUCUUUUCUGGCGGCGAGUAAGUAUCAGACCAUUUUUGUCGCUGGUAACUACAGAGUGGGCGCCUAUGGGUGGUUAGCUGGCAAUUACAUGCAAACGACGGAAACAACCCAGACCAACGCCGGUUUGUACGACCAGGCCUUGCUUUUUGAAUGGGUCCAAACAUAUAUCAACCAAGUCAAUGGCGAUAAAACCCAGGUAUCAGCCUACGGUGAAUCAGCCGGCGCAAGUUCAAUUCUCCAUCACCUGGUCCGUGAAGGCGGAACUGUUGAUCCUACCUUUCACAGAUUUGGUGUCCAAAGUCCAGCUUUUGAAUGGGCCUGGGACAACACUAAAAACGGAAAGUUAGACACGAUCUACAAAAGCUUCUCCAACCUUGCGGGUUGCGGUCAGAACUUCGAUAUUGACUGUUUGAGAGCAUCUAAAAACCUCUCAGAUGCCAACCAAGCACUAUUCGACAGCGUUCAGAAGACAGGACUGUUCCCCGUUGGCCCAGCUGUGGAUGGCGGUUGGAUCAAGACUAUUCCCACUAUAUCUUUUGCAACUGGCCAGUUCUGGAAACAGAUUGAUUCAGCCAUCAUCUCUCACGUCUCUAACGAAACGGCCUCUUUCACACCAGAAGGAAUUACUUCUGAACAAGCCUUUAACGACUUCUUGAGCUUAUUCUUGCCAGGAAACAAGCUCAGUAACGUACGCAAGCAGAUUGCUCAGCAAUAUAAUUGUACGGUACUUUUCGGUGGCGACUACACUGCAUGCAUUGCAACGACCAUCCGCGAUGCCUCUUUCACUUGCAAUACUCGAGAUCUCUAUUCAGCGUAUCCGACCGUGUCAUACAUGAUGCGAUACAGCUUUCCGCUUGAGAGUUUUGCUUACCAUGCGACUGAUCUAGUCGCAUUGUUUUCCAAUUCUGUUGACCAAGCUGUGCAACUACUGGGCAAGAAAUUACCGCCAUUUCUUGCUAAGAUGUACGCCAAGUCACUUAUCAAUACCGGUGUUGCUGCAGCGUAUCGAACCUAUUUCGCCGCUUUAGCACUUUCUGGUAACCCUAAUGCCCUAGAACUGCCAAAGGUCGCUGGCGUCCAGCCUCCAAAAUGGACUGUUGCAGAUGGCUCUGGCGAUCUUCUCAAAGAUGUUCUCACGGUACAGAUACCGAGUGGUCAAGAAGCAUUUGUCUUGACUUCAGAUGAUCAAAAUGGAAAGGAGCGAUGUGCUUUCUGGACCAAACUAGCUGAAGAGAUUAUGUCGUCUGAUGCAAUGCAUUUACAGGAUCCGGCUAUGUAUGUUGAGCUAUAA